GGCUUCCCCUUUCUUCCAGUUCGUGAAAAAGGAGACGUCGCAUCGCACCGCCGUCGUCGCGUUGCCGGUUCACUGAGAAUAUCGUUGAAUCUAGAAAAUGGCUUAUGUUGGGCAAAGUAGAAACGUGAUUCGGCAUGUAGUUUCGAGAGGAACAGCUUAUCACAAGUCUGAAAAUGCGAUUCAUCAUCCUCUCCUUUUCGCUUGUCAAGGAGUUCGAUACAGGAAAUUGGAAGUUAUUCUUACAACGGGUAUAGAGAAGCUUGGCAAAGCAGGUGAGACGGUGAAGGUAGCUCCUGGAUACUUCAGGAAUCAUCUUAUGCCGAAACUUCUUGCUGUGCCUAACAUUGACAAGUAUGCUUAUCUCAUCCGAGAGCAACGCAAGAUGUAUAAUCAUGAAGAAGAAAAAGAGGAGGUUAAGGUGGUUCAUAAAACUUCUGAAGUCCAGACAAAGGAGUAUGAAAAGGCUGCAAAGCGCCUGGCGAAUGCUAAUCUGGUAUUGAGGAAGUUAGUUGACAAGGAAAAGUUCAAAAACCGCUCCUCCAAAGACGACAAACCUGAUGUACAAACUCCUAUCACAAAGGAAGAGAUAGUCUCUGAGGUGGCGAGGCAGCUCUGUGUAAAGAUUGAUCCAGAUAAUGUGGUUUUAACGGCGCCUUUGGAAACUUUUGGCGAGUACGAGGUGCCUCUGAAAUUCCCCAAGACAAUUCCUUUGCCACAAGGAACUGUUCAAUGGAUUCUCAAAGUCAAAAUUCCCGGCGUUAUUUCUCUUCUCGGCGGAACCGCGGCCACGAGAACGAAGAGCUUCACACUACCUUUAAUGGUGUUUUCUAUCUCUCUCCUCUCUUCGACCACUUCGAUCACCACAUGGGCAAAUCAAUUAAGUUCUCAGUCAGGUCUUUACCCGAGAGAUUCGACAUGGCAGUGUGGUGUUUGUUUUCGUAAUCAGAAACGCAAACCUAAGCUCUACUUGAUUCCCGCCCGCCAUUUUUUAUUGACUCCAAUUGAUUCAGUCACCUCCUCAGAAACUGCUUCAGUUCAUGCUACUUCUGGCGUUUCUGAAGUUCAAAGGUCUACUUCAAGCAACAAUGUUAAUGAGAUGAAAGAGUUUGAGAUGGAGUUGCAAGAGUUGUUUAAUGAAGUCAAAUCUAUGGUGAAGAUUGGGAAGGAAAGAGAUGCAAUGGACCUACUUCGAGCUAAUUAUGUUGCUGUGAAAGAAGAGAUGGAUUCCGGUUUGAAAGGUAUCGAACAAGCUGCUGUACUUGACAUCAUUUCGUUGGGGUAUAUGGCUGUUGGAGACUUGAAACCUGUCCCGGCAUUGCUUGAUAUGAUAAACAAGAUUGUUGAUAAUUUAAAAGACUCCGAACCUCUUUUGGAUUCAGUACUUAUGCAUGUUGGCAGUAUGUAUUCGGCAAUAGGGAAGUUUGAAAACGCUAUACUCUCGCAUCAAAGGGCUGUUCGUAUAUUAGAGAAUAGAUACGGUAAAUGCAAUACUUUACUUGUCACACCAUUACUUGGUUUGGCAAAGAGUUUUGCUUCUGAUGGAAAAGCCACUAAAGCGAUUGGUGUUUAUGAGCGUACGGUGACUAUCUUGGAACGGAAUAGAGGUUAUGAAAGUGAGGAUCUAGUGGUGCCGUUAUUUGCACUCGGUAAACUUCUGCUCAAAGAAGGUAAAGCUGCUGAAGCAGAAAUUGCUUUUACCAGGAUUGUAAAUAUAUACAAGAAGAUAUACGGAGAGAAAGAUGGAAGAGUUGGCAUGGCUAUGUGUUCCCUUGCUAAUGCUAAGUGCUCAAAAGGUGAUGCAGAUGAAGCCGUUGAUAUCUACAAGAAUGCUCUACGGAUAAUCAAAGAUUCGAAUUAUAUGGCAAUAGACAACAGUAUCUUGGAAAACAUGAGGAUAGAUCUUGCUGAGCUGCUUCAUUUUGUUGGAAGGGGAGAUGAAGGAAGAGAGUUACUAGAAGAAUGCCUAUUAAUAAACGAGAGAUUCAAAGGGAAAAAUCAUCCUAGCAUGGCUACACAUCUUAUAAACCUUGCAGCAUCUUAUUCGCGUUCCAAGAAUUAUGUGGAGGCAGAACGAUUGCUACGAACUUGUUUGAACAUCAUGGAGGAAUCAGUCGGUUCAGAAGAUCAGUCCAUUACCUUCCCAAUGCUAAAUCUUGCAGUCACUCUUUCUCAGUUGAAUCGUGAUGAGGAAGCCGAGCGAAUAGCCUUAAAGGUUCUACGCAUCCGUGAAAAGGCAUUUGGCAAAGACUCUCUCCCUGUCGGCGAGGCGCUGGACUGUUUAGUGUCGAUCCAGGCGAGAUUAGGAAGAGACGAUGGAGAAAUACUGGGAUUGCUGAAAAGGGUUAUGAUGAUCCAAGAGAAAGAGUUUGGUUCUUCAGCUGAAGAACUCAUUGUUACUCUCCAAAAGAUUAUUCAUUUCUUGGAAAAAUUGGAGAUGAAAGAUGAGAAAUUUAAAUCUCUCUCAUCAAUCAUCUCAAGAAGGAAGAAGAAGAUGAGCAGUGAAGCAUUGUCUUUGACGAAGAAGAAGAAGGAAGCUUUGGGAUGGAUAGAGUUGAUCAGAGGAUGGGGUUGUGUUUUCCACGAGUUUCUCUUCCAAAGAUUCAUGGCGUGUCAUCUAAAGAAUCCAUUUCCUCUUCCUUCUCUCAAUCACCUCACCUGCAUUGUCACUGGCUCCACUAGCGGCAUUGGUCGCGAAACCGCUAGGCAACUUGCAGAAGCUGGUGCUCAUGUUGUAAUGGCAGUGAGGAAUACAAAAGCAGCUCAUGAACUGAUUCAACAAUGGCAGAAGGACUGGUCUGGUAAAGGCCUUCCUCUUAAUCUUGAGGCUAUGGAACUUGAUCUUCUCUCUCUGGGUUCCGUCGUCGAAUUUUGCAAUGUGUGGAACGCGCGAUUAUCCCCUUUGCAUGUUUUGAUCAACAAUGCAGGCAUAUUUUCCAUGGGAGAGGAACAGAAGUUCUCAAAGGAUGGGUAUGAGCAGCACAUGCAAGUGAACCAUUUAGCUCCAGCGCUGCUUUCACUACUCCUUUUGCCUUCGCUUAUACGAGGCACCCCAAGCAGGAUCAUCAAUGUGAACUCUGUUAUGCACUAUGUUGGUUUCGUUGACCCGGAUGACAUGAAUGUUGUUUCUGGGAAACGAAAGUUUACAAGCCUCGUUGGAUAUUCUGGCAGCAAGCUUGCACAGGUUAUGUUUAGCAAUGUUCUCUUGAAAAGGCUGCCACUAGAAACUCGCAUUAGCGUUGUUUGUUUAUCCCCAGGGAUUGUCCUAACAAAUGUUGCGAGGGAUCUGCCGAGAUAUGUUCAAGUUCAAUACGCGUUGAUACCUUAUUUCAUCUUUUCGCCUCAAGAAGGUUGUAGAAGCACACUUUUCUCAGCGACAGACUGUCAGAUUCCAAAGCAUUGUGAAAAGCUAAAAACCGACGAUAAGCCCAUUUGUCCAUUCAUAUCUCAAGAUUGCAAGCACACAAAGCCUUCAGAAGAAGCACACAAUGUAGAAACAGCUAACAGAGUCUGGGAAAAGACGAUAGAGCUGAUAGGUCUUCCUCUUGAUGCACUGGAGAGGCUUAUAGAAGGAGAAGAGAGAAUAAUGGCUUCUCACUUACAAACUCCAUUUCAUCUUCCUUCUUUAAACCACUUGACUUGCAUUGUCACUGGCUCCACUAGUGGCAUUGGCUCCGAGACUGCUAGGCAGCUUGCAGAGGCUGGUGCUCAUGUUGUUAUGGCGGUGAGGAACAUAAAAGCAGCUCAUGAGCUAAUUCAGCAAUGGCAGACCAAGUGGUAUGCUAGUGGUGAGGGAUUCCCACUUAAUAUUCAGGCAAUGGAACUUGACCUUCUCUCUUUAGAUUCCGUCGUCAGAUUUAGCAAUGCGUGGAACGCACGGUUAACCCCUUUGCAUGUUCUGAUUAACAAUGCCGGCAUGUUUGCUAUGGGAGCUCCAGCUCUGCUUUCACUACUCCUUUUGCCUUCGCUUAUCCGAGCUUCCCGGAGUCGAAUCAUUAAUGUCAAUUCUGUUAUGCAUUACGUUGGUUUUGUUGAUCCAAAUGAUAUGAAUGUUGUUUCUGGUAAACGAAAGUUUUCAAGCUUGAGAGCAUAUUCUAGCAGCAAACUUUCUCAGGUUAUGUUUAACAAUGUUCUUUUCAAAAAACUGCCUUCGGAAACCGGCAUUAGCGUCGUUUGUUUAUCUCCUGGUGCUGUCCAAACUAACGUCACAAGAGAUCUUCCAAGAGUGAUCCAAGAUCUUUACUCUGCCUUGCCAUACUUCAUCUUUUCGCCACAAGAAGGUUGUAGAAGCUCGCUUUUCUCGGCGACAGAUCCUCGAAUUCCACAGCAUUACCAAAAGCUAAAAACGAAUGAGAAAUCAGUUUGCACAUUAUUCAUAUCUCAAAAUUGCAAACCAACAAAUUGUUCUGAAGAAGCUCACAAUGUAGAAACAGCUAACAGAGUUUGGGAUAAGACAUUAGAGUUGAUUGGUCUUCCUUCUGAUACAGUGGAAAGGCUUGUGGAAGGACAAGAGGUUCAUUGUCGUUAGGCAACUCAUUAAUUAAGAGCAAAUGUUUCG